AUGGAAGGCACGCUAGAAGGCAUCAUAGACUGUUUGGACUCAGAUAGUUUCGAGGAAAAGCACAGGGGGUUAGACUUACUCGACCAUUUCAUGGCGGAAUUGUUACCUGAUAUCGUCAAUUAUAGAAAGCAGGGACUGGUUAGUAGUAAAUUACAGACAUUUGUUAUACUUCAAGGAUCGCUUCGUUAUAACAUAGCACAAAAUUUGAUAUCGUAUUAUAAGAGCGAAGGUGUAAGUGAUGAAGAGUAUAUUUUGACGUGCAACAGGCUCCUACAAGGAAUAUUAUUGUUGCAUCCAGACUCAAGAAAUUUGUUUGGCAGAAAAGCUACAAUGAAGCUGGUUCUUAAAUUCUUAGAAAUAUCCGAAUUAUCUAUACCUGUCUCAAUAUCUUUCGUUAGCACCAUUAUUCAUAUUUUAUUGAAAAAUUUGGAAAACUGCCGAGUUUUCGAAGAGUGUGGCGGUUGCUCCGUUGUUAUAAAAAAGCUUGAUCUAUCAUACUCUUCUUCUCAGUCUCCACAAGUAUCUCAAAAUACGGUCCAUGAGAUAACUCAACAAAAUUUAAAUUUCAAAAUUAUUGAAUUUUUGAUCUUCUACUUAGUAGAAGAAGAACCAAAUUCUAAUAUACCGACGAAGUCUGUCAAAGAGAAGUCAGCAUAUUUCAAGGAUCAGUUUCCGAAUAUUGACAAUGUUGUCGAAAACUUAGACACUUUAAAGACUCUAUGA